AUGGAGUCACUCAGUGCCGCAAACAUUCAUCUGGGGCUUGAUCUUCUCAAAGAAAUGAGGAAAACAAACGAUGGCAACAUCUUCUUUUCCCCCGUGGGCAUCUCAACUGCCAUUGGCAUGCUCCUCCUGGGGACACGAGGAGCCACAGCCUCCCAGUUACAGAAGGUAUUUUAUUCUGAAAAAGACACAGAAAUCUCCAGAAAAGAGGUUGAAGAAAAAGAGAUUGAGAAGACAGAAGAGAUCCAUCACCAAUUCCAACAGGUUUUGACUGAAAUAAGCAAACUCACUAAUGAUUAUGAACUGAACUUAGCCAACAGGCUGUUUGGAGAAAAAACAUUCCUCUUCCUUCAAAAAUACUUAGAUUAUGUUGAAAAAUAUUACCAUGCAUCUCUGGAACCUGUUGAUUUUAUAAAUGAAGCUGAUGAAAGUCGAAAGAAGAUUAAUUCCUGGGUUGAAAGUCAAACAAAUGAAAAAAUCAAGGACCUGUUUCCAGAUGGCUCUCUUAGUAGCUCUACCAAGUUGGUGCUGAUAAACACAGUUUAUUUUAAAGGACGGUGGGAUAGGGAGUUUAAUAAAGAAAAUACCAAGGAAGAAGAAUUUUGGCUGAAUAAGAAUACAAGUAAGUCUGUGUGGAUGAUGGAACAGCACCAUUCUUUUAGUUUCGUUUUCCUGGAGGACUUGGAGGCCAAAAUCGUGGGGAUUCCGUAUAAAAACAAUGACCUCAGCAUGUUUGUGCUUCUACCCAACGACAUAGAGGGUCUGGAGAAGAUUAUAGAUCAAGUCACUCCUGAGCAAUUGAUAGAGUGGACCAGGCCGGAGCUUAUGGAGGUCAGGAACGUGAACUUGCGCUUGCCCAGGCUGGAGGUGGAGGGCAGUUAUGAGCUGGAGCCGGUCCUGACAGCCCUGGGGCUGGGCGUGGCCUUCAGCGAGAGCGACGCUGACUUCUCGGGGAUGUGCGCGCGCUCAGGGCUGCAGGCGCAGAGGUUCCUGCACCGGUCCUUCGUGCAGAUCACCGAGGAAGGCGCGGAGGCCACGGCGGCCACCGGCAUAGGUUACAUGGUCUCAUCGGCCGGGGGCUGUGAGCAAGUCCACUGCGAUCACCCCUUCCUGUUCUUCAUCAGGCACCGCGGGUCCGACAGUGUCCUCUUCUUUGGCAGAUUUUCUUCUCCCUAAGAAAGUCGCGGCCAAGACCUUGGAGAUCAGGAAGCAGUGUUGGGGCAGCGGUAGGAUCCUGGAAACCGUCUGUGUCUUGAGCUGCUGGCCUUCCAAUCCGAACAUUAAACCGGUGAUUUAAUGACGUAAUAAUGUGUAUUUAUGACUUUCUUUGAAGGUGAAACGUCCUUUUGUUUGUGUCCUGCAGAAU